CUCCACCACCACAUGCACGCAGCAGCAUGCAAACCCUACAUUACCAUCUCCAUCUCCAUCGUAUGGUACCCUACUGGCAAGCACAAGCACAAGCACAAGCUUUGCUAGCAUACAACAACAACGUCGUAACCUCUUCCCUAGCUAGCGGAGCUGCUCUAACCACAUCCCCACUCCCAUCGACCGCGACACCCAUAUCCUUCCAUCUUGCUGCCGUUUUGUCUCAUCUUAUUAAGUAGGAUUAGUUGCAGUUGCAGCUUGCACCCACAUCCAACAACUUACAUAUAUUCUCUGGUGUGCAUCCCUGAGCUGAUCGAUCGGCGUUUGCUCAGAGAUAUAUAGAUUGGUCGAGCAGAGGCAGUGAUCGAUCGUCGUCGAUGGACCGCGGCGGCGGCGGAGUGGUGAUGGUGGGGCGGGCGGAGAUCGACACGAGGGCGCCGUUCAAGUCGGUGAAGGAGGCUGUCGCGCUCUUCGGCGAGAGGGUGCUCGCCGGGGAGCUCCUGUUUCACGCCCCCCGCGAUGCCAACGCCGCCAAUCAGCUGCUGCAUGGAGUGACGGCAGCGCCAAGACCCGUUGUUCACCACCAAGCCGUCACCAUUGCCCCCGCGGUCGCCAUGGUGGCGCCGCCACCGCCGCCGCGUCACGUGGCUGCACCGGCGACGUGGGAGCUGGACGACGCAAAGCACGAGCUGCAGAAGGAGCGGGAGGAGAAGCACAGGAUGGCGGGCUGCAUCCAGUCGCUCCAGCAGGAGCUGAGCAGCGCCAUGAGGGAGCUCCAGAAGCUCAAGGCGCGCGACGAGGACGCCCGCGCCAAGGUCAUCGAGGUGGAGGACCUCAAGUUCAUGGAGACCGACGAGCCGCAGCAGCAGCGCCACCACCAGAGCCCGGCGGCCAGCGGCCACGAAGCCAUGGCAGCGAACCGGGCCGCGGCCGCCGCGGAGUUCCAGAAGAAGCGGUACGUCACCUUCGCCGACCCGCCGGCGGCCGCGUACGACCGCGCGCCCUCGCCGCCGCGGGACGUCGUGCUGGAGCUGCAUCGCCAUCAUGAGCCGCAUUACGUGCCGGCGGUUGGGCGGCCGCAGUACCGCGAGGCGCGGUUCCAGCGGCAGGUGUCGGCCGGGUACGGGCAGGAGGCGGUGAAGAAGGCGAUGGCGGCCGCGGCGGAGGAGGAGGAGGGGAGGAAGAAGAAGAAGAAGCCGCUGAUCCCGCUGGUGGGCGCGCUGUUCAUGAGGAAGAAGAAGAGCUCCGCUGCGGCCGCCGCCGGCAGCCACCACGCCGUCGACGGCUCGUCGGCGGUCAAGCCUCGCCCGUCGUUCUGAUCGAUGCCGUCCGUUGAGAAUGCGUCGUGAGUCGUGACACUAGACUAUACGUGUACGAGUGAUAGUGAUGGAUCAAUAAACGUUUAUAUAUAUUUGCAACACAUGUAUAUUUUUGUUCCUUGGUACAGGAAAAAAAGACAAGAAUUUGCUGUGAGCAGUAUGUAUAAAUUGCACUUCUUUUUA